GUCACUACAGUGCGACGGGCCUACUUCCGGUUGUGGCGGCGGGGCGGCGGGAUGCGGCUGUCGGUGUGGGCCGCGAUCUCUCACGGCCGCGUGUACCGGCGGCUGGGCCACGGCCCGCGCUCGCGGCUCGACCUGCUGCGCAACCUGGUGACGGCGCUGGUGCGGCACGAGCGUAUCGAGGCACCGUGGGCCCGAGCCGACGAGAUGAGAGGUUACGCGGAACGGCUCAUUGACUACGCCAAGCGCGGGGACACGGACGAGCGCGCCAUGCGCAUGGCGGACUUCUGGCUGACGGAGAAGGACCUGAUCCAUAAGCUGUUCAAAGUGCUGGCGCCCCGAUACCAGCCGCACCCCGGUAGUUACACCCGCAUGCUGCACAUCCCCAACCGAGACAACUUGGACCGUGCCAAGAUGGCUGUGAUCGAGCUGAAGGGGAACCCCUUCCCACCGCUCAUACAACCGCGUCGGGACAGUGAGAAGACGCUGCUCAACCAGCUGCUGAAGGGCUGCCGGGAGGAUGCCCAGCGGGCUGCUGGCCCCUGAGAGCAUCGUGCAGGGAUCCUGCUCUGCCCCUGGUGUGUCCCGUGUGGGUGAGCUGCCUGUGCACUAGGCAGAGAGCUCACACCUGCUGCUCUUCUGGAGCACAGGGGUGGAAGGUGUCCCAGGGGGGCCUAGGGUUUAUUCCUCUCCUUAAAUGAUCAUAACGGGUACAGGCUCAAGAUUUACCUUCCUCUUCUUGUGAUUUAGUAGCAACUUUGCAAAAGGAGGAAGUCGAGCUAUACGCCCUAGUGGUUGAUAUUCUCUGUGUAAAUAAACUACUUUGAAAAAUGAA